AUGCCGGACAACAAUUCCGCAAAAAUGCUGUCCGUCUCGAAUCCGGCCGGCAGAAGACGUAGAGGUGCACAACGAGCUAGGUGGUUAAACCAAGUGAAGCAAGAUCUUGGAAGUGUGAAACUCUCAAGAAACUGGAGGCAAGCUUGUGACGCAGGUGGAAUACUGAACGAUGUUUUACCAGGAAGAACGACCAACCGAGUUCCUUCACCGUACAACCGCUACGAUUCCCGACACCCAAAGGUCUUCCGAUCCCAACGAACACCCGUUCAGCCGAGGAAAUCCGACGAAUCUGACAUCUUCAGGGGAUUUCCAGAUGAUGAGGUUCAGCAUACCGUGAAAAUGAAUCAACCCGCAGCUGCUGAUAAGCAAACUACGAAGCAACUUUCACUUUCCCGACAACGUGAUCAAGUUAUGUCGAAACUGGUUCGCAUCUACAACGCCGUUAAGGACAUCGAGCUUGGCUUGCCGCUACUCAAGUUUGAAGCCAAGAAGUUGGAAGCCGUGUACGCAGAGUUUUCUGGUUUUCAUAGCCAAAUCAUUGCUAUAAUACCAGAAGAACAAAUCGCAGCGCAGGAAGCAGCAUAUGUACGAUUCGAAAAACUCUACGAUUGGACAUCCGCUCAAGUCGAGUCACUCAUCAUCAAGCAAGAAAAUACCAAGCCGUCGCAAGUCAUUCUGCAGCAGCAACCGUUGAAGGCUCCGAUUCCUGUCUUUGAUGGUGAUUACACAAAUUGGCCCAAAUUCAAAGCCAUUUUUAUGGAUGUGAUGGCACAAUCCCGCGAUUCCGACGCUGUAAAGCUGUACCACCUAGACAAAGCAUUGACAGGAGCGGCUGCAGGAAUAUUAGAUGCGAAGGUUAUCAACGAGGGAAACUACGAGCUAGCAUGGAAGAUUCUCACCGAAAGGUUUGAAAACACGAGAGUGAUUGUAGAGACGCACAUCCAAGGAUUACUGUCAUUUAAAAGGAUGACGUCCGAAUCCAGCAAGGAACUACGGAAUCUUCUUGAUGUAUGCACCAAGAAUGUGCAAAGCUUGGAGUAUCUUUGCCAGCAAUUAAUUGGUGUAUCCGAACUGAUCGUAGUAUACCUACUAACAGCAGCGUUCGACAAAUCAACCCGUAAGCAUUGGGAGCAGUCAUUUAAGCCUGGUGAGUUGCCAACAUACAAGGAGACAGUGGAAUUUAUGAAAUCGCAUUGUCAAGUGUUGGAGCGAUGCGAAACUGCCAAUCAAAUUCCGACCACGAAAGUGACUUCCGCGCUAAAGCAGUCAUCACCAACUUCAAAGUUUAUCGUUAAUCGAGCUCAUGCUGCGACUUCAAGCGAGACCUCGCCGUCAGAAAAAUGUGACUUUUGCAGUGGUACACAUCUUAACUACCAAUGCAAUAAGUUUGGCACCAUUUCGAGUAAAGAAAAGAUGGAAAAGAUACGCGCCGCAGGGAUUUGCUUCAACUGUCUGCGGAAAGGACAUCAAUCCAGAAACUGCCCAUCAUUGAAAAGUUGUCGUAAGUGCCAGAAGCGACACCACACGCAGUUGCAUGAAGACAGCGUAGCUUCUAAGCAUGAGAUUUCACCCUCGCCCAUCACUGCUUCUGUUCCGAAGGAAGAGCCUCCUCAGCUAGCUACAUCAGUUCCGAUGCCAACCAAAUCCAGUGAACCUCCAGUGCUCACAGCCUAUACGGGUAGCCGUAACCGAGUUUCUCAAAUGGUACUACUCCAAACCGCACUAGUAAAUGUAAUUGAUAAGGAACAACAACUGCAUCCAUGCCGCAUUCUCCUAGACUCAGGAUUUCAAGUUAAUUUCAUCACAGAAAGAAUGGCUAACAUUCUCAACAUCGAACGCCAACCCAUCAACGUACCAAUAGCAGGAAUAAACAACCUACGAAUGACAGCUCGUGAGAAGGUGAUAAUUGAGUUUCAAUCCCGCUGCAGUGAUUUCCGCGCCAAGUUAGAAUGUUUGAAUACAACCAAGAUGACUGGUGUCAUCUCUUCAAAAAACAUCGACGUCGCGAACUUAAACAUUCCGAAAGGAGUUCAGUUAGCUGAUCCUACGUUCUUUCGACCUAGUAACAUAGAUAUGCUAAUCGGAGCAGCAAUGUUCUUCGACCUCAUCAAAGCAGACUACAUAACGAUUGGAGCCAAUUUACCAGUGCUACGAGACUCACAUUUGGGAUGGCUGGUUGCUGGCACAAUUCAGUCAGACACCACUGCCGAUGAUUGCCAGUAUUCGCAAGUGGCAUCGAUUCAGACCUUGAAUGAUCCGAUGCAGAAGUUUUGGCAAUUUUAA